UUUCUUCUCAUCAUGGGGCUUAAAAGUUAAUUAUGCCACACUUACGUGUUUACUACUUAAUAGUAUGUAUGCUAUUAACCUAGAUAAAUAAAUGCCAUGGAAUUGUUGUUUAUUGCUAGUUCAUAAUGCUUAAUGCAUUGACUAAUUUACCCAGUGAAGUAUUAACUAUAUAAAUUAAUUAAAAAUAAACUUCAAAAGAGCCUACACAACUAAUGUCAAUUAGUUUUUUUUCUUCAUUUUGUUCAAAAUUUAGAUAUUUACUAUUUUAUUCAGCUAAAUUUCACCAAAACGUGCUGGAAUUCAAAAGUAUUGCAUCGCACCAGAGUGAUAAUAGAUGCUUUUGUACCGGAGCUCUAAUGUUACAGCCAUUCAAGCGGAACUGGUUUGGUUCAAAACCAUUUUUAUAACGUCUUUUUUUUUUUUUUUUUUUUUCCCCAAGCGCUUAACGUUGCCAGCAUUGGUCCUGUUACUAUGGUGAUAGACAUUUUAAAACAUUUUAAACAAUGGGGAUUGAGUCGCACAGUAGGCUUCUGUUGCAGUCCGUUUGGAUGGUGGGAAGUAAUGCAAGUAAGGUAAGGGUUUUGGAAGAAAUGUCUCAUUUUAUUUCAUUUCAGCAUCGAUAAUGUGCUUCUUAAUACAAGUAAAGCUUUGUUGCCUAAAUAAGUUGCUUGAAUGUCUUGCAGUACGAAAAAAAUUUCAACUCAAAUGGACCCGGAUAUCAAACAGACUAAAAGGUCUAUGCGCAAGUGUAAACUUGAUCGCAUUCAAGACACACAGCAGGGCUUAGACAGACCAAUUCCUGACAAGUUGGGCACCCAUCAGCCAGAAGCCAUCAGCAGUGAAAAGCAAUCAAAUGACAAAGACAUGCUUUUUAGUGGAUGGAAGAAAGGACAAGAACUCCCAUGUGCUAAAUCACAAUAUGCUGAAGUGGAUACCCUUGAGAACAGGUUCUUCAAAGUGCGACAGAGUUUACAGCAAAAUACAAAUGGAAAUGUCAAUCAAGAUUUUAAUGAGGAGACAAUGGAAUCCCUGCACAGAAUUCUAGCAGGAGCAGAUCUGCUUAAAAAAGAAGAGGCUACGAUGAGUAUACUCGGGUCAAAAUAUGAGUUACAGAUGGGUGAUAACUCAAAAGCCUUACACCUGCCCUUCGGUUACUUGAUUAGGUCUAAUUCAACAAGAUCUGUUGAAUGUUCCUCAAAUCCACCCAAAGUAAUUUUGAAGGAAAUAUUAAAAGGCCGAGAAAGAAGCAGAGCUGACAAAAGUUCAUCUUUCAAGGGCAAACAUCUUGACUUCUUUGAAGUCGUGAAGGAACAACUGCAACAGAAGGACUUGGAGAACCAACAUCUUGUCCAUUUGUUGUUGGUCAAGCAACAAGAACUGAAAGACAUGAAAGAGAUAUCAAAGCAAAAGGAGAGGGAAACCCAACUUAUUACUGAAAAGCUGAAAUGUGAGGAGCAGAAAAAUACAGAGAUCACCACCAGGUUUGAUCAUAUCUGUGAAGAUAUGAAGAAGGAACUAGCUGAAGCCAAAAGUAACAACAAAACUUCAAUGAAGCAGCUUAAAGCACUGAUGGAGAAAUAUGAGCGCCUCAAAACACGUACCAUCACGAUGAAGGACCAGCUCAACCUGGAGCUCAAUGAGAAAAAGAGCUGUCAAAAAUCAUUAAAGAAGCUUCAGCAGGUGUCUCAAGAGCUGCUAACCAAGCAGAAACGUCUAGAGGAACAAAGAGAUGUAGCAGGACGAGAUCUUGCUUUAUGUAGAGAGACCUUGCAGAUGAUGGAUGCUGAACACAAGAAGAACAUCAGCAUUAAUCAGAGGCUUGAAGAGGAGGUAUCAGCCAUGAGAAGUGAAUCUGCAAACCUCAGAGAUCAUUUACGUAAAGCUCAGGAGAAGAAUAAAGAGCUCACUCAGACGACUCGCUCCAAAGAGUCUGACAAUGAGAAGAAUGUAAAGGAAUUUCAGGACAUGACUGAAAAACUGAACGCCGAGUUGGAGAAGUGCCAAACAGAAAGAGACAAAGCAAAUCAGCAGGUGGAGACCAUGAAAUAUGAAUCGAAAUUGAUUCACAACAAGCAGAGAGUGGAGAUACUUCAACUGCAGGAGCAGCAAAAAGCUUGUCUGCAGCAGUCCGAUGGUUUGAGAAGAGAGUGCGAGACCUUGAUGGAGAUGGUCAAUAAACUCAAGAAAGACAAGCAAGUCCUGACAGAGAAGCUGGAGAGCAUUCAUAAAGAAAAGAUGGCGUCACAGAUGGCAAGCAUGAAGGAGGGAGAACGACUCAAAGAGGCCAUUCGUUUGCUGGAGCGAGAGAGAGAGGUGCUGUUAGUUGAGAUGGAAGAUUUACGUAAGGAUUAUCUCGGCCUCAGCGACAGGAUCACACAGAAAAUGGGCCACAUGGAUGCAGCUGAUCCUCCCAUGACCAUUACUGACAUCACUACAAAACAUCACAGAAACACACACAAGUUCUCACCUACUGAUGAUGUGAUUCAGGAUAUAAGAAGAAAACUAGAAGAGGAGGACAAACAGCAAAAAUGAACAAGUCAUUUUGUCUUACUAAUUGUGAUGGACGUUAGCUUAGCUACUGGGGACAUUUUUAAAAUGUGACUGGCACUUAUCUGUCAAUGAGGCAGAAACUACAUAGUAACUAACAAAAGUUAAUGACAGAGGGAGCUGCAACAAAUCUCAGUGGAAAUUAACAGUCUGUACCAAUGGUUGAUAUGAACCCAGAACCUUUACAUGCCCUGUAUCAUCUGUGAAUGGAAGCAUCUGUUGGUUUUCUACCACCACAGCUAUUGUACGCACAUGUAAACUUUCAUGUAACAAUGCAGUCAGACUUCUGCAUCACAUUCUUCUGAAUGCAAAAAUUAUAGCACAGAUUUAAAUAAACAUUACAAAUAACGAAUACAAGAUAUUUAUUAUAUUUUGAAGACAAAAACAAUUGAAAAAUAAAACAAAAACAAGGAACGUGCAUGUUCUACAGUAUUCUAGGGUCAAAGUGCUUUGAAGCGGUUAACAAGUAUAUGGAUCCUAUUCAGUCAACUACACAUGAAAUGUACAACAGUAUUUACAGGGUGGCCAAAGUGGGGGAUUCUUUUUGUUAGUGCAAAUCCCCCUCCAAAAAAAAAAAACAAACAAAAAUGAAAUGUUAAAACAAUGUUAAAAUAAA